AUGCGGGCGACACCGUCCCUCAUGAGCAAAGGCUUCUGGGCUCGCAGCCUGGAUCAUUUCAAACGGAGCGCAACUAUCGCUUUCAAAGCCGAAGCGAUCAAAGGCGCCCAAGGCCCCUUCAUGCUCCAAGACUUCCGCGCCCCCGGCUCGACCGAAGAUUGCAAACUCCUCUCCGAUCAGCAAAUCGGCGGUUUUUCCCAAGUCGCCCUCGACUGGGUCCCGUCCACAUCCCACACCUCAACAGCACCCUCAGAAAACAUAUCAACAAAUUCUGGCUAUGCGCGCUUCCACGGCUCGAUAUCGACAGACCUACCCAAAGACAACCUCAAGAUCGAGCGCACAGGCUUUGCGGCAUGGCGGACACCAGACCAGCAGCCGACGGUGUUCGGCAAGUCAUUAUGGGACAUCGAUCCCUACGUAUAUCUCGCGAUGAGAGUUAAGAGCGAUGGGCGGAGCUACUUCAUCAACCUGCAGACGGAGUCCGUCGUGCCGACAGAUUUACAUCAACACAGGCUGUUCGCCAAGAGGCCGGGCGAGUGGGAGACGGUGUUUGUCAAGUGGAACGAUUUCGUGAGGACAAAUCACGGCUUCGUGGUGGAGCCGCAAACGGAGAUGCUGAGGUCCAAGGUGAGGACGCUGGGUGUUGGUUUGACGGAUCGCAAGCCAGGGCCGUUCGAAUUGUGCGUUGAGAGGGUAUGGGCUACGAAUGAUUUGGACGAGGCGGAGGCGACGGAGGCCGAUGCUGAUGCGGCUGCCACCGAGAAGGCGAGGCAGGCAAGAGAGAGCGAGUUGAAGAACAAGCAGGGGCAAAGCAUCAGGUGGUCAGGCAGUUAG